CAUCACAAUCCGAUCGCAUCGAGAUAACGCACAACUACCGAGUUACCUGAAUACCAACCGGCUUUGAUCAGCAUGGGAACGCAGAAGGCGUUGUUAACGCUCUUGCUGUUUGCCACGCAGCUAUUUGCCCAAGUAACAGCGCAAACCUGCGAUGCCGAAGGUUCGACGCUCUCGUCGUCCUGUGGCGGGGUUUGCGACUCGCACCAGCCGUGUCUGACCUACAAUGUGUCGGAAAGCACGUCUUGUAACAGUUGCGUUGCCGACGCGGCAGGCGACUGUAAUUACGUGUGCUACAACAUCUACCGCCAAGAGCCCGUGGAUCAGUCACUAUUCGUCUUCUUCGUCACGUACGGCACCUACCAAAGCGAAGAGGAGAUUGAGGCCAGAGCUCAAGACUCCACGUACGAUAUCAACCUGGAAAGCAUCCCAGACAACACGAGUACCUACGCGUGGGCAAGCAACAAUAUCAUCACUCGCAUCGGUGCACUGGACUUGCCAUCCGCUACAAAACAAGUUGUGUUGGCUGGAGGCACUAGCUUCGACUUGGUGUUCAAGUCCAAGGUGGUGAAUCUGCAGCUCGCAGAAGACCUACUGACGUCGCAAAAGCAGGUGACCCAGGUCUGGCUCCUCUCUAUAAACCUGAAGGGGCAGAUUGGCACUGUCAGGGAUCUCCUUCCAUUCUCGAUAACUUACCUGAACCUCGCGAACACACUGCUAUACGAAUUCCCAGCAGAUCUACUGUCACUACCGUCAAUUUCCUUGCUGGAUCUCAACUUGAAUUAUAUCACGGCAGUGAACUCUUCCAUCAGGUCCUCCAAACUCACCAACCUUGGAAUGUCGUUAAAUGGUAUGGAAUCUUUCGAGGGUGACUUCCCUAAUCUUGCUGUUCUCACGCUCACUGAGAACAACUUCACCGAGAUUCCAGCUGUCAUUUUUACCAUGACGUCGUUGACGUCGCUAUAUCUAGCCGGAAAUCCCUUAAAGACACCGACACUCACGCUGGAUCAAGUCAAUUUUCUGGCGGGGCUGACAGAUCUUGACCUGACUGCAGCUGAUUUUCAUGAAGAAAUCAGUUGUGACACUUCAGCACAGCGUACCAUCCAGGGGCUUACGGUUUGUGUCAGUGAUCUCAUGAUGGACUCCAACCAAGCAGGCUCCGGCUCGAAUAACGGUGGAUCUGGAUCAACGUCGAACUCCAACACGAUGAUUAUUGUGGUAAUUGCGGUUGGUGGUAUUAUUUUGCUAGCUGUUAUCGGAGUGAUCGUGUAUUGCUUGAAGAUGCGCACCGGCGAUAAACCGGAUACGAUGGCAAUGACGAACCCCACUUUGCGCAUCACUCGAGACAAUUACGACAAUUUGUCGAUUUGGCGAGAUCCAGAACUUCUCUCUCUCCAGGUGAGCGUACAAGAUAUCCAGGAUAUUAGAUUGAUCGGGAGUGGUGCGUUUGGCGUAGUUUGGCUAGUCCGCUACCGUAGAGCUCAACUAUUUGCUUCGAAGAGACUUCGUGAGGACAUGGCAACCCAUGAACGAGUGCAAAACUUUGUGGACGAGAUUAAGAUGGUUUCAAAAUUUGAUCAUCCAAGCAUUGUCAAGUUUAUUGGUGCAGCCUGGAGUAUUGAAUCUGAUCUCCAAGCACUAUUCGAGUACAUGGAAAAUGGAGAUUUGCGCACAUAUCUGUCGGCUUCCAAUCUGCCACGGUACUGGACAUCUACACAAUUUCAACUGGCGAUUGAUACGAUUGAGGCGCUCGUUUACGUGCAUUCGUUCGACCCUCCGCUGAUUCACCGAGAUCUAAAGUCAAGAAAUGUUUUGAUCUCGGUAGAAAUGCAUGCAAAGCUGACUGACUUCGGCACGACACGCUACCGUUCAAAGGAUAACACAAUGACGAUAGGGGUAGGAACUGGUCGGUGGCUCGCACCGGAGAUCAUAUCAGGGAGCACCGAGUACGACCAGAGUGCAGAUAUCUUCUCCUUUGGAGUACUUUUGACAGAGAUCGAUACCCAUAACCUCCCAUACUGUGAUGCCAUUGGACCAAGGGGUAACAAACUGGAAGAGGUAGCUAUACUUCAGAAAGUUGCGAAUGAUCAGUUGCGUCCGACGAUCGGUGCGUCCUGCCCACCAACAGUGCGAGACCUCGCCAAUCGGUGCAUGUCCCAAAGUCCUCUGGAUCGUCCUCUUGCUGCGGAGGUAGCGUAUGUAUUGCGAACAGUACAAAAAGAGAUGAAUCGUUUUUGAGGUAUGUAUGUAGGUGUCAAAAUCAAAACUUGCAAAAUAAUACCCGUAAAGCAAAUGACGGUAUUUUAUACAAUGCAAAACCCAAUCGAUAUCUUAAGCA